GUGCUCAUCCACAGCCCUGGAGUGUGCAGGAUCUUCCUGUGUCGGACCCAGUGGCUAGCCCUGCUGUGAUCAAAGGUCUUGUUUGCCUUCAUGUGGUUCUCACCACAAAUCUGCAAGCCCUGUGAUGUGACCUGUCAGUGUGGCGUAACCAUCAUAACAUGUACUUCUGGUUGCACCUGCCAUUUAUUUCAAAUGUUUUGGGACAGGGUCUCUCUGUGUAGCCUAGGCUGACCUCAGACUCACAGAGGUCUAUCUGUCUCUGCCUCCUGAGUGCUGGGAUUAAAGGCACACCACUAUGCCCACCUAAGUCGUUUGUUUGUUUGACAGUUUCACACAGCCCACACUGGCCUUGAACUUGACACGCAGCCAGGCUGGCCUGGAAUUCCUGGUCUUCUGCCCUCCAUGUCACCACACCUAUGUCCCAUGGGACCAUUUGUUUGCUUUGCUGACCCCUGACCUGUGUCCCUAAUGUUUCCCUCCACCGCUGUGAAGUCCGUCCUGUGGUGAGCCCCCAAUGUCGCGCCCCUGUGAACUGAGAGAGAUGACAUCUUCAGUCUGUACGCUGGCUUCCCUGUGGUGUGUGUAACUGGGUGUCUGUAAGGCUUGUUGUCAGUAUUUGGGGGAGGCGAUGUUUCCUGAUGUUCCUUCAUCAGAGCGUCCAUCCCUGGCCUGCAAGUGUAGCUCAGAGUCCCAGCACGUGCCCAGCUUGUGAAAAGCCCUGCACUGCAACGUGAAAGGAAACAAAACAACCAUAUUCCCUGCUACUGACUGAUCCAUUUGUGGGCGUGUCUACAGCCUUAGAAAACCUUCACCAAGAUUUACUGAGCGUUCCCUGAGCCCGCUUCUGUCUGGGCAUGGACAUAAGACAGUCCUGUCACAGUCCCUGCUCACGGCCCAGAGGAGGUGACCAGAAUGGAGCUGUGGCCCGGGGCCUGGACGGCACUGCUGCUGCUGCUGCUCCUCCUGCUGUCCACCCUGUGGUUCUGCAGCCCCAGUGCCAAGUACUUCUUCAAGAUGGCCUUCUACAACGGCUGGAUCCUCUUCCUGGCGAUCCUCGCGAUCCCUGUGUGCGCACUGCGAGGGCGCAAUGUCGAGAACAUGAAGAUCUUGCGUCUGAUGCUGCUGCACAUCAAAUACCUGUAUGGGAUCCGAGUGGAGGUGCGGGGGGCUCAGCACUUCCCUCCCACGCAGCCCUACGUUGUGGUCUCCAACCACCAGAGCUCCCUCGACCUGCUCGGGAUGAUGGAGGUGCUGCCGGAUCGCUGUGUGCCCAUUGCCAAGCGGGAGCUACUAUGGGCUGGCUCUGCGGGGCUGGCCUGCUGGUUGGCGGGAGUCAUCUUCAUUGACCGGAAACGCACGGGAGAUGCCAUCAGUGUCAUGUCUGAGGUGGCCCAGACCCUGCUCACCCAGGAUGUGCGAGUCUGGGUUUUUCCUGAAGGAACAAGAAACCACAAGGGUUCCAUGCUGCCCUUCAAACGUGGCGCCUUCCACCUUGCAGUCCAGGCCCAGGUCCCCAUUGUCCCCAUAGUCAUGUCCUCCUAUCAAGACUUCUACUGCAAGAAGGAACGCCGCUUCACCUCGGGACGAUGUCAGGUGCGGGUGCUGUCCCCAGUGCCCACAGAAGGGCUGACACCGGAUGAUGUCCCAGCUCUGGCGGACAGAGUCCGGCACUCUAUGCUCACCGUCUUCCGGGAGAUCUCCACUGAUGGCCUGGGUGGCGGUGACUGUCUGAAAAAGCCUGGGGGAGCGGGCGAGGCCCGGCUCUGAGCUUCCUCCUACCCUUCCCCCCUUCUUCCCCACACCUCUGACCCAGAGCCUGAAGCAGGGCCAGUCCCUCUUCCUGGGUCCCCCCACCCCCUACUCUCCUUUUUGAGUCUUCAAUUUCUGAAGUGAAUAUGGAUACAACAUCACUCCAUGUCCUUCCCCACCCCACCCACGGACUCUUUCCGCGUGGGCACAGUCUCCACUGCGAUCCCCACCUGCCAUCUUGUCUUGUGGGACAGUUGCCUCCCCUCAUCUCAAGUGGCUCAUUGGAAACAAGGGUGGGAGACAUUCCAUCCCAUGCUUCCCCAAUGGUCUCUUUGUGGCCUUCUCUUCCUCUCCACCCCACACUGGACAGUGGACUCAUCUGUUCUGUGGAACAAUCCAUUCCUCACGCCAAGUCCACAGAUUGAGUGGGCCCAUCUGCUCGUGAGGACUCCUCCCGCUGUGGCUGGAAGCUGCACCUGAGUCCUCCCCAGCUCACCUGGGGACCUAACUCUUCAACACUGUCACCCUCAGCGGGGCUGGGCUCGUCUAACUCGGAGGCCUCAUCCCUGCCCAUGCCAGGGGCUGAGCACACUUCAAAUGCCAAUUCUGCUUCCCCGUCCCUUUGGUAGAGGUCUCCAGGGUCCUGGCCCAGCACCAUCUAACCAAAUUCUGGAGUGGUGGACCUUAGAAGCUGUGCUCUCUGCUCCCUGGGGCCUUAGGGGAAAGAACCUGACCCUGGUGAGAGGGAGAGGAGGGCGCUUAAUUUAUUUUUCUUUUGAGGCACCGCCCCUCUGAGCCAGUUCUCAUUUCCUCCCCGUGGCGCUGGCCACUCCCCUGCCUCCCACUCUAGACCCAUUCCUAAGACCCAGGAGGUAGGCAAGGGGCAGAAGGAACGAGUGGGAUCCAGUUUUGUGUGGUUGGUUUUUAUUAUGGGAUAACAGCAAACAACUGAGAAUAAAGAGAAAGAGAGA